AUGGUGGACAUCGAUAAACAAAUAGUCUUAAAAACAAAAAAAUUCAAAAUGGGCCUUUAUAAAAGUUUUCGCGAGGAUUCAACCCCUCCACCCCCCUUUUUUUCUAAGAACUCAGAGCUGGGAAGUAAUGGAGAGAUCCACACGGACAACCUGGAACCCAUGUACACAGGUCCCGGAGACCCCGAGCGAGCCAGCUGGGGUGGGAAGAUGGAGUUUCUCAUGACCUGUAUCGGGUACGCAGUUGGCCUUGGGAAUGUUUGGAGAUUCCCUUAUUUGUGUUACAAAAAUGGUGGAGGCGCAUUUCUCAUACCUUAUAUUCUCAUGCUGCUGUUAGUCGGUCUUCCUCUCUUCUUCAUGGAGCUGGCUUUUGGACAGUUUGCCAGUUUGGGCCCUAUCACAGUUUGGAGAAUCAACCCUCUGUUUAAAGGUCUGGGGUACGCCAUGGUAAUCGUCUCUUGGAUGAUUAGCCUCUACUACAACGUGAUCAUUGCCCAGGUGCUCUUCUACCUGAUCGCUUCCUUCACCGACAAACUUCCCUGGACCAUCUGUCAAACCAACGCUUGCCUUCCGUACAACCACACCCACGGCAACCAGGCCAUUAACGGUAGGUUGUUGAACCUGACAGGAUCCGCCUCCGCCAGCCCCUCUGUUGCGGCUUCUGCAUUGUUUGACCUUGACUCGUCAACGUUUGCCCCCCAACGCCUGAGCUCCCCUGCAGAAGAGUACUACAGCCCUUAUUUUUAUCAAUUUGGUAUUCCCUUGUUCUUUCAGUUUGUCUUUCAGCACUUGCCUAUACAGAAGUCAGCCAGUAUAGAAGAGUUCGGAACAAUCAACUGGCGCCUUGCUCUAUGUCUCCUGUUGAGUUGGAUUAUUGUUGGAGCGGCUCUGGCAAAGGGGGUGCAGUCUCUAGGGAAAGUUGUCUACUUCACAGCCAUAUUCCCAUAUCUGAUGUUAACCGUCUUAUUGGUCCGAGGUCUGACGCUGGAGGGCGCUGCCAAAGGGAUCGUCUAUUAUGUUAAACCGGACUUCAACCGGCUUGCUGAUCCUAGGGUCUGGAGUGAUGCGGCCACGCAGAUCUUCUAUUCAUUGAGCGCUUGCUCGGGCGGCUUGAUCGCCAUGAGCAGCUUCAAUCAAGUUCACCAACAACUGCCACCCUCUACGUCCAUCUUCGCGGGCUUUGUGAUCUUCUCCAUCCUCGGCUUCAUGGCUCAUGAGAAAGGUGUCGAGGUUGGCGACGUGGCUAAAGGAGGUCCCGGACUUGCCUUCGAAGUUUACCCUGAAGCCCUGUCUCGGAUGGUAGUGGCUCCAAUGUGGGCAGUCUUCUUCUUCCUGAUGAUGGCCACCCUAGGAUUUGGCUCCCAGUUCUCAAUUGUGGAGUGUGUGAUGAGCGCCACGUUGGACGAGUUCCCGCAGCUCCUGACAUCAACAAAAACCACCCUUGCCUUUCGAUUCUGUGUGGUUUUGGUCUCAUUUGGCCUGGGCCUUCCAAUGUUGGUGGACUACAGCGUGGGUGGUUUCCCGUUGUUGAUCGUUGGUAUUGUAGAGCUCAUAGCCAUCAACUGGAUUUAUGGUUUCAAAAAUUUCUGGAGCGACAUCGAGAUGAUGGUUGGAGACAAGCCGAAGAUCUUCUGGAAAGCUUGCUGGACCGUGAUCUCGCCACUGGUUAUUUUGGUAACUAUAAUUUUGAAUGCAGUAUUUUAUAAAGAGCCCACCUAUAAUGGCCUCCCAUAUCCGCAGUGGGUCAAAUCUUUGGGCUGGAUGAUAGUCAUGUUUCCAGUAUCCAUCAUUCUUGUCUGGUUUAUGUAUUAUUAUUGCAAGAAAGGUGGAUUCAGGCUACUAAGAAUGCGCAGCAUGCCCCUGCCCCACUGGGGCCCAGCCUUAGCGACCCACAGAAAAGACAGGUACUCCCCCGAAAGGUUAAGUCAGCAGAACUUUGGGACACUAGAAUACCAGCUUGGAGACAAAAUUUACCGAAGCCAUUUAAGUGUACAUGAAAUUGCCAGUCUUUUAGCGGGCAGUACCACCACUAUCAACACUCUGAACUCUCAACAUAAUUCUCGCCAGGUGUCCAGAUAUCCAUCCACAUCCACUUUAGGGAUGAACCCACCUUUCACAUUUGGAGAAAUGACACCACAGAAUGAAACACCGACACAGACACCGCAGGGCUCUGUUUGGGGUAGCAAGACAUCCAUGCAGUAA